AUGAUCUUGCUGUAUCAGCAUCUAAUAUGCAUUUUGGGAGCUUUUUGUUCACUACAACAAGUUGCGUUAGCCCUAACAAUAAACAGAGAUGUUGUGUUUAAUGAGUCCCUAAUUGAUGCAGAUGUCCUAGUCAACAAAAAUGUAAAGGUUGCAUUCCAAUGUCCAGGGAGUACACCAAUUGUGCUGGAUGGUGAUAUAACAAAUAAUGGUAUUAUGUGUUUCGGCCAAAGCAACUAUGGAUCAAUUUCGUCAACUACUAUUACUAAUAAUGCUCAACUGCUGAUUCAAAUCAAAGAUUCAGGAACAACACCGGGAUUACGAACAUCGGAGUUACUUAAUUAUGGAUUUAUAUCUUUUAUUGGAGAAAAGAAUGUCGGUAGCGUGUCAGUUGCUGAAACCUUUCUUAAUGAUGGUUUAAUUUAUUAUAACUUUCUUAGGAGUAAUUUAAUAACAAUCCAAGGCCCUGCGGAUGGAAUUGUUAAUAAUGGUGUAAUGAAGUUUCGUGUCAUUGAUGGAGUUACAAUUUCAAGUGUUAUCGGAUCAGGAUGUAUAUGGCUUGAACAGGCCUCAGAUUCAACCUACGAUCUUUCCAAGCCAUUUAAUCAAACAUUGUAUACUGAGGAUGGUAUAUCGUAUCUACAUUUUAUUGGUCAACAGUUACCAGAAUCUAUCCCAGUAAUUAGAGCAAAUUGGUUAUCAAAAAAUGAUAUUGAAGUAGCCAUAGGAGCUGGUCCAGAAUCGAAUGCUGUUCCAGAUCUCUUCUAUACGAAUGCAACAGGUAUGUUGAAUGUAACGUUUUCCACAGGAUCUUAUUUAUUUGAUGUAGGUCCAGGCUUUAGUUUGACAGAUUUUGUUGCCACUGUUUGUCCAUCCACGACCACAUCGGUGGAUUUCCCCUGUGUUCUCAUAACCUCCAGCAUGGAUUCAGAAGUACCCUCCAGUUGUGUGACAGAUAUUGACGUAAACAUGUAUGACGAGCAAAUCGUUUGUCCAACCCCCGUAUCAUGGUUACCACCUUACACUAUCUUAGUUUCAUAUGAUGGAAGUACUAUUGAAGAAAUAGUUUCUCAGUACUCAUCGUAUGACACAGGAGGUUUACCCAAUACUGUUACUACCACCACUUUUAUUAUUCCAUCGUUUACUCUUCCAUCUCCUUAUACAACUACAAUUUCAAACAAUAUUACUACAUUGUCUGAGGUGGUGAGUUAUUUUACAGUGACAAGUUAUGUUCCAAGGUUUCCACAACUAACUCUUCCAUUCGUUGGGACCGAAACUUCGAUUAUUCCAGCUCCAUUUUCGAUACCACCACCAUACACUAACACCUUUACAGACCUUAGCCUGACUGUAUCGGAGAUUGUUUCGUAUUACUCCACUAACGUAAACAAUAAGCCUGCCACUGGAACAACCACCACUACAUUUACGGCCACAAGCUACUUAACGGCAACAAUAACCGAUUAUCCGAUGGGCACCACGCAUAUUACUAAGAAACACGUAUCAGAGGGGACAUGGUCAACUGUUGUCACUUAUUCAACAGAAAUUGAGACGUACAUUAUAAAAGUCUUCCCUACGGGAACUGGAAUUGAAACUCUAUCUACAAUCGAAUAA